GCGGGGGAAUGGCGGGCUUUAGUAGGCGGGGUGUGCGCCGAGCCGGCUGAGGGCUGUCUCGCUACCUGCGGCGGCGGCUCGGGCCUGCCACUGCAGGAACAGGUCGGCUGUGAUCAUGGAAGUACCAGACAUCGGUUCCGAUGAGGAGCGGGUGGCCAGGGUCGACGAGUACGGGUUCGAGCGACCGGCUGGCAACGAUACCGAGGGGCUGGUGUCGGAUUACCAGGCAGUGCUGAGCCGUCGGGCGAUCAAAUGGCGCAAACUGUUGCAGAGCAGCAGACUGCAACGGAGCCUGAAAGUAAAACGAUAUAUCAGAAAAGGCAUUCCAAACGAAUAUCGUAGUCUCAUCUGGAUGACUGUGAGUGGAGCCCAAGGACAGAUGGAAAAUAAUCCAACUUACUACAAGAAACUGCUGGAAAUGGAGGAAGAUCCAAAGCUGGUUGAAUCUAUUAGAACAGAUAUUAACAGGACGUUUCCUGACAAUGUGCAGUUUCGCAGAACCACUAACCCCUCCUUUCUGCAGCCACUUUUUAAUGUUUUGGUGGCAUAUGGAAAUCACAACAAAACAAUUGGUUAUUGCCAGGGAAUGAAUUUUAUUGCUGGAUACUUGCUCAUAGUGACCAAGGAUGAAGAGAAGUCCUUCUGGUUGUUGGACUCGUUGAUUAAGAAGAUAGUGCCAGAUUUUUACAGUCCAACAAUGAUCGGGCUUAAGACCGAUCAGGAGGUUCUGGGUCACCUGGUUAGGUUAAAGGUUCCUGCAGUGGCUGAGUUGAUGGAACAGCACAGCGUGAUGUGGACCUUGGUAGUCUCACGGUGGUUUAUCUGUUUGUUCAUCGAUAUUCUCCCUGUGGAGACUGUCCUUCGAAUCUGGGACUGUCUGUUCUAUGAAGGAUCUAAAAUCACGUUUCGUGUGGCCUUGACGUUAAUAAAGUACCACCAGGCUUCAAUUUUAGAAGCAAAUAAUUUCCCAGCAAUCUGUGAGAAAUUCAAACAGAUCACACGUGGUCCUAUGGUCCAAGACUGUCAUGGUUUUAUGAAGAAAAUAUUUACUGAACCUGGACGACUGCCUCUCACUGUGAUCACAAAGCUACGAGAGAUUAGCGGAGCUCAGUUAGAUGACCAGAGUUGAUGUGCAUGUUCAGUUCCAGCACACAAAGUCCCUCAGGAUUUGAAAUACUUCCUACAUUCCUCCAUUGUGCAGAUGGGCUGGAGUUGCCUGACCUCUAUCCCAGUUCCUGUGAGCUACAUCUAACCUGUAGAAUAUUGACUUUCAAAAACUUAAUUAGCUAUUUGUACAUUGAAUUCAGGUGAUCAAAAAUCCAGCAUUUGAUUUAGAUAUAAAGUAAGAUUACUUAAUGAAGGGCUGUUUGUACUUGUAGAUCUUUUUGGUCACUUAAUUUAUAUUUACCUUUCCACUAAAAUAUAACUUUUUAAUAUAUUGUUAAAUAGAAUGAUCUAAUUAUUAAGUGUGAAGAUGGUAAAUGUGUUAUUUGAUAUCGGUGACAUUUGAUCAGGUGUAAUUUAUCCAUGGCAUAGCCUGGAUAAAGGCAUUGCUACAUGUUUCUUUUUUGAUUGAUGUGGAAUGCAGCUGUGCCUCGCAGCAGCAAGCAACUUGGAUAUGUAAAAGGCAAUAAUCAAAAUUAGGCACUUCUCUGGAUGUAGAAUUGCUCCUUUGGUGUAUGCAGGGUUCCUUCUAUCUGCGUGACAGCUGAUUUUUUUGUAUUGAUUGUUUAUAAAUGCAGAAUUUUACAGAUGUUUAGAUGUAUUUUUAAGAAAAGAUUAGUUUCUGUGCAAAAGUAAUAAUAAACAUCAAGUCAAAGAGU